AUGCGUGCUCCUGAGUGUGCAGUCUGUGGGAUGCGUGCUCCUGAGUGUGCAGUCUGUGGGAUGCGUGCUCCUGAGUGUGCAGUCUGUGGGAUGCGUGCUCCUGAGUGUGCAGUCUGUGGGAUGCGUGCUCCUGAGUGUGCAGUCUGUGGGAUGCGUGCUCCUGAGUGUGCAGUCUGUGGGAUGCGUGCUCCUGAGUGUGCAGUCUGUGGGAUGCGUGCUCCUGAGUGUGCAGUCUGUGGGAUGCGUGCUCCUGAGUGUGCAGUCUGUGGGAUGCGUGCUCCUGAGUGUGCAGUCUGUGGGAUGCGUGCUCCUGAGUGUGCAGUCUGUGGGAUGCGUGCUCCUGAGUGUGCAGUCUGUGGGAUGCGUGCUCCUGAGUGUGCAGUCUGUGGGAUGCGUGCUCCUGAGUGUGCAGUCUGUGGGAUGCGUGCUCCUGAGUGUGCAGUCUGUGGGAUGCGUGCUCCUGAGUGUGCAGUCUGUGGGAUGCGUGCUCCUGAGUGUGCAGUCUGUGGGAUGCGUGCUCCUGAGUGUGCAGUCUGUGGGAUGCGUGCUCCUGAGUGUGCAGUCUGUGGGAUGCGUGCUCCUGAGUGUGCAGUCUGUGGGAUGCGUGCUCCUGAGUGUGCAGUCUGUGGGAUGCGUGCUCCUGAGUGUGCAGUCUGUGGGAUGCGUGCUCCUGAGUGUGCAGUCUGUGGGAUGCGUGCUCCUGAGUGUGCAGUCUGUGGGAUGCGUGCUCCUGAGUGUGCAGUCUGUGGGAUGCGUGCUCCUGAGUGUGCAGUCUGUGGGAUGCGUGCUCCUGAGUGUGCAGUCUGUGGGAUGCGUGCUCCUGAGUGUGCAGUCUGUGGGAUGCGUGCUCCUGAGUGUGCAGUCUGUGGGAUGCGUGCUCCUGAGUGUGCAGUCUGUGGGAUGCGUGCUCCUGAGUGUGCAGUCUGUGGGAUGCGUGCUCCUGAGUAUACUGUCUGUGAGAUGCGUGCUCCUGAGUAUACUGUCUGUGAGAUGCGUGCUCCUGAGUAUACUGUCUGA